AUGCAGCUCCUGAUUGGCAAGAAACCAGGCGAUGAGGAGCUCAAGUGCUUCUUGACACUUUCACUUACGAAUACUGCCUUCUCCGUGGGUGUUGCGGACAAAAAAUAUGCGAGUUACGGCCCACAAUUGGCCGUCAAACCGGAAGUUGAGCUGCUCUUUUCGGCGAAUGCCAUCUGUCGCUACGUAGCCGCAACUGCCGACCAGCUGCAGAGUGACGAUUUGGCCGUGGAUGAGUGGAUGGAAUGGGAGGCCAAUACACUGUCUCCAUGGCUGCGCGUGGCCAAGGCGGCCAGCAGCAACAAGUCCGGCGAGCUGGCCGGCGAGCUGGUCGCCAUGCUGGAAGCCAAAGAAGAGGCUCGCUCCAAGAACAGCGGUGACUUGCAAUUCCUCUUUGGCUCGGAGCUCUCUCUGGCUGACGUUGUGGCCGGCGUUACGCUACGCGCCGCCUUCAAGCUUAUUAAGGAGCAGAAGGAAGAGGCCGCAGUGCUCCAGACCUUCCGCAAGUACGUGACUCGGCUUUUCGACCGCGCUGACGUUGCUAAGGGCGUGGCCAGCAUGAAGAACGCCGGCAAGAAGAGCAAGAGCGUUGCUCCUGGCGCAGCCUCCGGCACUCCGGCCGCGGCUGUCAAGAACGUCAUGCGCUCCACGUUCAAGCUGGACCAAAAUCUGGAGCAAGGCCUGACCUUUCACAAUAUUUUGGAAGUGGUCGAGUGUAUUUUUGACGCCGCCAUUAAGACGGGGUACCCUGGUCUGACAAUCCCACCUGUGGAGGUUACACGCACCAACGUCAAAAACGCAAAGUUUGGCGACUACCAGUGCAACUCGGCCAUGUCCAUCUUUACGGCGCUUAAUGGUACGCCCCACGCUGCGCGCUCGCCGCGAGAUGUCGCCAAUACUAUUAUUGCUGCCAUGCCUGAGACGUGUGUGCUGGACCGCUUGAGUGUUGCUGGCGCGGGUUUUAUAAACGCCUUUUUGACCAAAGACUUCGUGGCCAAGCGACUGCAAAACGUGCUGGUGAAUGGUGUGCAGCCGGCCCCGCAGAAGCAACAGACGAUUGUUGUUGACUUCUCGUCUCCUAACAUUGCCAAAGACAUGCACGUGGGUCACCUGCGUUCCACGAUCAUUGGCGACACCAUGUGCCGAAUUCUUGAGUUCCAAGGUCACGACGUGAAACGCAUUAACCACGUCGGUGACUGGGGUACUCAGUUCGGCAUGCUGAUAUGCCAUCUCACAGAGACGUACCCGAACUGGGAGUCGGAGAUGCCCAACGUGACGGACCUGACGAAGCUAUACAAGGCCGCGAAGGAGCGCUUCGACGUCGAUGCCGAGUUUCAUGAGCGAUCCAAGGCGCAGGUCGUGCUGCUCCAAUCCGGUGACGAAAAAUCUCGCAAGGUCUGGACAACUCUGUGCGACAUCAGUCGCCGUGAGUUUCAAAAGGUGUACGACCGUCUGUGUGUGUCACUGAAGGAAAUGGGCGAGUCGUUCUACAACCCGAUCAUCCCGAGUGUUCUGGACAAGCUGCGAGCCAAUGGCCUCAUGGAGGAGAGCAAUGGUGCUGAGGUAGUGUUCACCAAGGUAUACAAGCAGCCGUUUCUGCUGGUGAAGAGUGAUGGCUCAUAUCUGUAUGCUACGACGGAUAUCGCUGCUCUGUGGUAUCGUUUGCACGAGAUGAAGGCCGACCGCGUUAUCUACUACACGGACUAUACGCAAAAGGACCAUUUCAACCUGCUGUUUGAAGUGGGCCGCAUGUCAGGUAUCUAUGACCCGACCAAGCAGCGCGCGGACCACGUUGGAUUCGGCACGGUGAAUGACGAGUCAGGCAAGCGCUUUAAGACGCGCUCGGGUGAGGUCGUGCGCCUGGUAGAGCUGUUGGAUGAGGCCAAGGUUCGUAUGAAGGCGCAGCUCGUGGAGCGUAUCGAGGCCGGGCAGACGUCGCUGCCCAUGGACGAGGUUGACGCUGCUGCUGAGAAGCUGGGGUACGGUGCCGUCAAAUACUUUGACCUGCGCCAGAGCCCUACGUCCAACUACAUCUUUAGCUUCGAUCGCAUGCUGUCGACGAACGGUGACACGGCUGUGUACCUCAUGUUUGCAUACGCCCGUCUGUCCUCGAUUAUCCGGAAGUCCGGUGUUGACAUGGCUGCACUCGUGGCGCAGCAGCAGAAGGAUGGUAAUGUAUUGAAGCCGGAACACCCAACAGAACAGGCUUUGGUCAUCGAGCUACUCCAGCUGCAAGACGUGAUCGGAUUCAUCAACAAGGACCUGAACUCCAAUCGACUGUGCAGUUACCUGUACACGAUCUCAGAGAAGGUGCAGACGUUCGUCACGGCGUGCCGUGUGCUAGGUAGCGAGGAGCAGAGCAGCCGUCUGCUGCUAUGUGACGCCACACUCAAGGUCAUGAAGACGUGCUUUUCGUUGCUUGGCAUUGACCCGCUGGACCAGAUAUAA